CUUUAACGGUUCCUAAGCUGAGUUUUCCCGCUCUCUCUCUCACUUGGACUAAACUUAGUGUAGUGUAGAAAGCAGCAAGCUCUUCUCCUCAUCUCUUGCUCAAUGUUCUCCAUUUCUUCUCCUCUCAUAUGGCUAGUGUUGAAACUUCAGACUUACAGCAUAUCAUUAUGCAGGACUUGGGUCGUUGACAGCAGAGGAAUAGCAAGGAAAGUGAAAAAUGCUACUCAAUCCUUUGCCUCUCAAAUCAAAGAUUGUGGGGCAAAUCGUGAAUGCCCAAAUUGCCAUCAUCGUAUUGAUAAUAGUGAUGUUUCUCAUGAAUGGCCAGGCCUGCCUGCUGGUGUAAAGUUUGAUCCGUCUGAUGUACAGCUUUUAGAACAUCUAGCAGCAAAAUGUGGAGUUGGAAAUGCAAAACCACAUGUACUUAUUGAUGAAUUCAUCCCGACACUUGAGGAGGAUAAAGGAAUCUGCUACACCCAUCCAGAGAAUCUUCCUGGUGCCAAAAAAGAUGGAGGUAGCAUCCAUUUCUUUCACAGAACUACCAAUGCGUAUGCUACUGGUCAAAGGAAGCGCCGAAAGAUCCACAAUCAUCAUGGUUCAACCGAGGAGCAUGUUCGCUGGCACAAGACAGGCAAGACCAAGCCUGUGAUUGAAAAUGGGGUUCAAAAGGGCUGUAAGAAAAUCAUGGUUCUUUAUAAAAGUUCAAAGAAGGGGUCCAAGCCAGAUAAGUCCAAUUGGGUGAUGCAUCAAUAUCAUCUUGGCACUGAAGAAGAUGAAAGAGAAGAUGAAUAUGUGGUGUCCAAAGUUUUCUAUCAGCCACAGAAACAAACAGAGACUAAUGAUAAUAUUCCAGUCAUUGAAGAAUUGGAUACAGUGACAUCUCAAACUAGUCCAAGAACCCCCAAAACAACUACUCCAAAUCCACCUCGAUCAGAGAAAUCAGUUUUCUGUGCCAAUGCUGGGGAUGAUAGCACACCCCAUGGGUCUGCACAGAAAGCAGAGUUUGUUGGAGAAGCAUCUCAUCCAAAUCCAUCUACUGAUCAGAUUGAGAACAAUAUGGAGUAUCCCCUAUGGCUGGCAGGCGAAUCACAGGCCAUUGAGGAUGCAGAUCAGAAUGGGCUGCACGACUCACUGUUAUGCAAGGAGAUCUUUUAUCCUGGUGCUCCUCACUAUGACACAGGAUUAAACCAUGGUCCUGUCAUUGGCUUUUCUCACAACAUGAAUGGCAUACCUGGAGAUCAUAAUGCACCCUGUGGAAUUGCUGACCUUGAGAAUCUAGAACUAGAUACUCCACCAGAUUUUCAGCUUGCAGAUUUGCAAUUUGGAUCACAAGACAGCAUAUUUGGUUGGCUAGAUCGGUUAUGAAGAAGUAGAGAGUGCAGAGAAGCUUCUCAAGAUGGGUGAUAGAAUCCCGAUUUUGUACCAGUGGAUCUUCUCCUCUUGUUUCAAGUAUCUCUUACCAUUAUUGUUAAAAGAGCUUUCUUGCUUUGGAGGGUCACUGGGACUUCCCUCUUUUUAUGGCACUUUGCUUUAGAGCAAGUUUUUGAAGACCUCUACAAGGCUUGCAGCAAGUUUUUGAACCCUACAAUGGUUAUGAAAACAUGAGGCCUUGGAGCUCAAAUUGUUUAGGUGUUAAAGGGGUAGUAGGAGCAGGUACCUCUCUCAGUCAGCUUGGGUGUUUAUUUGUUUGUUAAUUUUAGGCACCAUUCAGGAUGCAGGUGCUAUCUCAAAAGUCAAAAGCUUGUGACACAGGAGUAAAGUAUUUACUAAAAUGGAUGUGAACCCAGAACUGUUAUGGCUCCUAUAAUGAAAGAAAUUGCUUUAUGCUCUUUAUCAA